AUGCUGUUAUUACUUAUUAGCGCCAAAAUAUUAAGUGGUAUUGAAGAUAUCGCUGAUAAUAAUGUAAGAACAAGUAAUAGUGCUGAAAAUGUAAAUUAUAUCCAAACUGGCGGUGACGGGUACGUUAUUGGAGAACCGUUAUGGGUUCUACGUUUGAAUAAUGAUGGAUGGAUGGACCCCAAACUGACGUUAGGAACAUCAGGGGAUCAGGAAGAUUUUUAUAAUGCAGUUGCACCUAUGAUUGGAGCGUAA